CUACAUACCGGCAAACUUGCAUGCCUAGCUUAAAUAAAACAUCUGAAAAUGGUCUUAUAAGAAAUCUUUCUAUCUAGGGGCCUUUCUCUUUCAGUGGUAAACCUUACCUAAUAUUAGUUGCCUCGACGAAUUGACGUCUCAACAGCUCAUGACCAAUUCAAAAAGAGCUAAAUGAAAAGCUGUAUGCUGUACUUGGGCACCAGAUUAAUUCAAACUGGAUUUGGUUACCUUCAAGCAUGAAGCACCCCCGCCCGCGGCAGCCUGCAUGGGUGCUGUAAAACCAUUCUUGAGAGACUACUAAACAAAUGGCAUGAUCUAGACAUUUUUACAGCACGAAAAUAACAUAGCUUGAGCCUCUCAAACUACUUGAAAGGACUAUUUGUUCUGCACACUUUCAACGUCAUUGAUCCUUUAGAGGAUCAUGAGCAUUGAUCAGCUAUCUAUGGAAAUCCACUAAUGAGUACGUACGUGAUCUACUCAUUAAUUUGUAAAUACCAUAAAGCAAGUUCUAUAUUUAUCCGGGCCCGACCUUCACUUGAUGGCAGGAGAUAGCAUGUCAGUUCAAAGAACCCUAGAGUUGAAUGUGAAGUCACUACUGGAUCUUCCCAAGGUUAAGAACUCAGCCAAAGCUUUUACUGGCCUGCAGACUAGUGUGAACGGGGAAAUUAGAAAUAUAUUGUCCAGUGGACGAUUUCCAGUUUUGAAAGAACUUGAAGCAGUUGAUACAAGUGUCACGAAAUUUUAUCCCAUGAUCCAAGAUGGUGUCGACCCUGUUGAAGCGGAAGCAUUCCAGAAUUCUGUUUCAGAUUUGGGAAGGAGAGCCGAAAAACUUUCACAAGGACCAGAUCUUCUUACAAAUGAAGUGGGUAGCUUUUUCCAGUUAGUUUUAAUUGGGCGUGAUGCUAUGCUUUCUUAUCUAAGAACAAGUGGUACUGAUUCUGAUGGAAGGCUUGAGGGAAACGGAAUAGAGCGAGUUUGAAGUUGAUUAUGUUGGAACUAAACUCAAUCCAAAAUACAGAUGGGUUUGAGUAUGUGGUUUUCCGUUUUCCUAUCUAUCGUAGUGUACCAUGUUGUGUCGCUUAUCAUAUCCAGUAUAGUAUGAGUUGCAAGGAAUGUUGUGUCUCUGUUCUACUGGAAUGCAUCUGUAUAAAUUAUAGCAUAAUGUCCCUACUAAAUGAAAGAAUGUGGUGUUUGCAGAA